AUGAAGAAGCAGUUUGGGGCAUCGUCCGACGUGGUCAGCAAUUUCCUCAGACUCAUCUGUGAUUACGGCCAUAAUAAAAUCAGCAUUGAGAUGGUUGUCAAUAGUGUGACUCAGUUGCUGUCAGGAAACAGCGAGUUGCUUUCCCAAUUCUAUCGCUUUGUCCCUGACCAGUACUGUCCCAAAGUGGAUUACUCUUAUCCCUUUGGAGCGGAUGCAAACUACAUUUCACAUAUUCGACAAUAUGUCUCCCGAAUUCAGGAGCGUUUUAAAGAUAGCGGUGAUAAAGAGUAUAAUGAAUUUAUCUCCAUUCUUCGGAGCCACGCGAACAGCGACUUCAGUAUUUCUAGCGUGGAAGAGCGGAUUCGCAAGCUCUUCCAUGGUCAUCCCGAUCUUGUCAAUGACUUCCACACCUUCCUCCCCCCCAAUCCCCACUCCCAGCCUUCUACGGUUUCCACGGUUUCCACUGUUUCCACCAAUCCACCCAUCGCGUCGAUCCCCGCGGGAAAUCCCGUCGUUUCUGCGCCUGCCGCCUCGCUCUAUUCCCCCUACCCCAAAUUCCCCGCGGUGAACCCGCCCUCCUUCCCCGCCCCCGCGAAACCCCCGGACAAGCCGCUCCCCGCGGUUCUUCCUCCCGCCAAGUCGGAGAUUCCCGCGGGGAGCGACCAGGACGUGGCGGACUUCGCGUUGCUGCGCAGUUCCGCGGGACUGAUCCGUUUCGAGCACUUUCUGCGAAUCUGCGCGCUGUUUGCGGACGUUGCGCUAUCCCACAUUUUUGAAUCGCAGAAGGUGAUCUCAUUAGCGGAGUUCGUGGCGCUGUGCGAGUCGUUGUUUCGUCAUACUCCGCAGAUUCUGCAGCAGAUCUCGUCGAUGCUGCUGCGCUGCGGCGUUCCGCGCGACCUGAUAACGACGCGUCCGCCGGCGCUGCUGCCGGAGCAGGUGAAGAAGCUUCCGAAAUGCACGCCGUCGUACCAUCUGCUGCCGAGCUCGUACCUGCACCGCGGGGGCUCGCAGCGGAGUUUCUUGGAGGGCAGUCUGCUGAACGACGCGUGGAUCUCCUGUCCGAUCGGCUCGGAGAACUUCGCGGCGGGCUACGCUCAUCGGAACCUGCAUGCGGAGGCGCUGUUCCGCGUGGAGGACGAUCACUUCGAGACCGACGUGCUCAUCGAGUCCAAUCGCCACUGCACCGGCUCUCUCGAGGCGCUGGCGCGCGCUCUGGACGCGGAGGGCCCCGGGCCGCAGCGACUGGAGGUGGGCCGGCUGUCGGCGCUGGACCGGCGCGCGAUUCGGCGGCUGUACGCGGAGAGCGGAGUCGACGGCGUGGUGCUGGAGAUGCUGGAGAACGCGCCGCGAACCACGCUCCCGCGCGUUCUGCGGAGACUACGCGAGCAAGAGGAGCGCUGGGUGAAGGAGAGGAACGUGCUGGAGGCCCAGUGGCGCGCGAUCCAGGAGGAAAACUAUCAUCGCUCGCUGGACACGCGGAGCUUCACGUUCAAGGCGCAGGACAAAAAGAACACCAAUAUCAAGCCCUUCAUCGACGCCAUCAAGGUAGAAACGGGGAAACGUGGAAACAACGAGGCAAGUCGACGGCUGGGGAGUUUCACGCUGGCGCGCGCGGAGCAGGCGAAACGCGAGGGAAGCGACCAGCAAAGCCCGCCGCAUCUGCAGUUCGCGCUGAGCAUUCCGCUGAUUCAUCGCGUGGUCCUGCGGUUUUUGCUGGCCGCGGGGAAGAAGCAACUGCCGUACUCCGACAUGGUGGGGUUCCCGCGGGGAAUUGACGAAACGGCUGCGGACGUUUCUGUUCUACUGCGUGAGUCGGAGAACUCGCUGUUCGCGCAGGAUAAGCAGCAUUUCGACUCGGUCUUGGCGCGGAUUUCGUCGCUUACCGCGGAAAAAAUGCCAAAUCGGCGGGAUGUGAUUUUCGGUAAUUCCUCGCUCUACGCGUUUUACCGGUUCUACCAAGUGGUAUACUCGCGGUUCCAAGAAGUCGUGGAGAUCAUUCUGGAGGCCUCGCAGCAUCGCGAUGAAUUCCACAUCCCCGCUCCCAGUGGGCCGAAGCGGCAGGCGCAUCUGGACGGGUCGGAGAGCGCGCGCGCGGCGGAGCCGACGGCGUGGGAGCAGGUGAACGAGGUGGUGAACUCGUGUCUUUCGUUUCUGCGGAAUGACCAGGAUUCGGUGCACUUCGAAGAGUCCUGCCGGCGGCAAAUCGGCACGGGCGGGUACGUUCUCUACACGCUCGACAAGGUCGUGUCCACCUGCAUCAAACACCUGCAUUCCAUGUUCGUAGACCUCACCACCAACGAGCUGCUCGCCAGCUACGCGCUCCAUCUCGAACGGACCGGUUCCAGCGAGGCCGGUUACCGAAACCACUGCAUCGCCCUUCUCCAAACCGGUCGCCAGUCCGUCUAUCGCGUGGAGACCGUCGAUGGCUCUGUGCGCUUCUGGCUCGUCGGAAAUGCCGCGGAGCUCAGGAUUUCCGGGGAGGAGAUGCCCGGGAUGGAGGAGUUCGCGCGGAUUUCCCGCGAUUUUUUGCUGGCGCAGCAGCCGGUGGCGGCGAUGGCGGAGCGCGUAGAAGAGGGGAAACGGGGAAGAAGCGAGGGGUCGUCGACGGGGAACUCGGAGUUUGAGGCGCUGUGCGAAGAGGAGAGCGAAGAUGGAAUGGAGGGGAAGCGAGUGAAGGUGAAGCGGACGAAGGGAACGCGGAGGAGAAAGCGAGAAGACGAGGAAUGGGAUAGUCAUUGA